AUGGUCGGUCGCCUUCACUUUGGAACAGCAGGUAUCCGAGGCGAAAUGGCGGCCGGUUUCAACCGUAUCAAUGACCUGGUGAUCAUCCAGACGACACAAGGUCUCCUACGCUAUCUGAAACAGGUGCACAAAGAUUUAUCAACGUGUUCAUAUGUAGUCGGCUACGAUGGACGCCAUAACAGCGAAAGGUUUGCACUAUACGUUGCCAACGUGCUACUCAACGGCGGUUUAAAGGUUUAUUUGUUUGCUCAGGUCGUCGCUACUCCUUUAGUGUCUUACGCUGUGAAGAAGUACGGUGCUGUUGGCGGCGUCAUGGUGACUGCUUCCCAUAACCCAAAGAAAGACAAUGGCUAUAAGGUUUUUUGGAGUGAUGCUGCUCAGAUAAUCAAUCCUCAUGACAUGAAAAUCACUCAGGCAAUAUUGGACGAAUUGGAACCUCGACCUGAGAACUGGGACUUGUCCAAAGUCCGUCAGCGCGAAUGCUGCGUCGACCCCCUGCAGGACGUCUUUGAUAGCUACGUUAAAGAUAUAUUGAUUAUUAUGCCGUUCCUUCAAUAUGCAGUUUUCAGGAACUUAAACGAGAAGGCCUCCUUUAAAAUGACAUAUUCUGCUAUCCACGGUGUCGGAUAUUACUACGUUCCGAAGAUGUUGGCCAGUUUUGGAUUUCCUGAAAAGAACCUCGUCAUCGUCGAGGAACAGGUGCGUGGCAAAGCUUUCUGGCAGAUAAUUUUAUGCGUUUGUUCCGCAGUAAUAAUUAAUGGAUAUUUUCUGUUUCUGUUGUGAAU